AUGUCUGCACAGUGUGAUGGGCAUUUUGAUUGUGAACACGGAGAAGAUGAGCUGAGCUGUGUGCGUCUGAGUGGGAAGAGCUCUGUACUUCAGGUGCUCAUUGAAGGCGUCUGGAGGACUGUUUGUGCAGAGAACUGGGACUCUGAGCUUUCUCUCUCUGCUUGCAAACAGCUUGGCUAUCUAAGAUAUGUGGAGUCAAAAGCUCUUCCUCUGUCCUCUGUUGAGCAGGACUUCCAAAGUAACCUGGUGUCAAUAAGUAUGAACAACACAAAUGUCCAGCAGGCCAUCAAGAUACACAACAUGACCAGUUUCAGUAAAACCCAGUGCAGUCUGGGGAUGAUAACAACACUUAAGUGCAUAGCUUGUGGUUCCAGACCUAAGUUCAUUGCUCGUAUAGUAGGCGGUAACCUGUCGGUUGAGGGUCAGUUCCCCUGGCAGGUGAGCCUGCACUUUCAGAACGAGCACCUGUGUGGAGGCUCCAUUAUAUCAUCUCGCUGGAUACUGACUGCUGCACACUGUGUAUACGGGUUUGCAUUUCCUGUGCUGUGGAACGUCUAUGUGGGUUUGACUGAUCAACCGGUUAAUGCAGUGCAGUCUCUCGCUGUGGAGAAGAUCAUUUAUCACAGUCGCUACAGACCCAAGGGCUUGGACCAUGAUAUAGCUCUGAUGAAACUGGUGCAGCCCCUCAGCUUCAAUGGUUUUGUGGAGCCUAUUUGUCUGCCGAACUUUGGGGAGGUGUUUGAGGAUGGUAAAAUGUGUUGGAUCUCAGGAUGGGGAGCCACAGAUGAUGGAGGUGAAGGGAGUGUUUCGCUGCAUUCAGCAAGAGUACCACUGAUCUCUACAAAAGCUUGCAGUCAGCCGGAGGUUUACCAAGGUUAUAUAUCACCAGGCAUGAUCUGUGCAGGGUACUUGGAGGGGGGAACAGACUCCUGCCAGGGUGACAGUGGUGGUCCAUUGGCUUGUGAGGAUUCCUUCACCUGGAAAUUGGUGGGAGCCACGAGCUGGGGGCAAGGCUGUGCAGAAAAGAACAAACCUGGGGUUUACACGCGCAUCACACAGUCCCUCGCCUGGAUACAUCUGCAGAUGGAGAGAGAAGAAAUACUGCAUCCCUCUGAAACCAGCUCUGAUUAUUGA